AUGGCCUUUCAGGAUCUCUUGAAUCAAGUCGGAAGCAUGGGGAGAUACCAGAUCCUUCAGAUGGCUUUCCUUCUGAUUUGCAGUGCCAUGGUGGCUCCUCAUGUUUAUUUGGAGAACUUUACUGCAGCCAUCCCUGGUCAUCGCUGCUGGGUCCACAUCCUUGACAAUGACACUUUCUCUGACAGUGACAGUGGAACCCUGAGCCAAGAUGACCUCCUGAGGAUCUCCAUCCCACUGGACUCCAACCUGAGGCCAGACAAGUGCCGUCGCUUUGUCCAACCACAGUGGCAUCUGCUUCAUCUGAAUGGCACCUUCUCCAAUGUGACAGAGCCAGACACAGAGCCCUGUGUGGAUGGCUGGGUGUAUGACAGAAGCACCUUCCUCUCCACCACUGUGACUGAGUGGGACCUGGUAUGUGGAUCUCAGGUACUGGGUUCAGUGGCUAAAUUUGUGCUCAUGAUUGGAAUUUUGGUAGGAAGUUUCCUAGGUGGCCAUUUAUCAGACAGGUUUGGGAGGAGAUUAGUCUUCACAUGUGCUUUACUGAAAGUGGCCAUCACUGGGACCUGUGCAGCUUUGGCUCCCACCUUCUCCAUCUACUGCUUACUUCACUUCCUGAAGGGGGUUUGUGUCACACCCAUAUACAUGAAUAGUGUUUUGCUCAUGGUAGAAUGGACAAGCCCUAAAUUCAAAGCCUUGGUGACAACAUUGACACUGUGUGCUUCCAGUUUUGGAAAAAUAGUAAUGACAGGCCUGGCAUUUGCAUUUCGAAACUGGCACCACCUCCAGCUGGUAAUGUCUGUGCCAAUAUUUUUCUUCCUUAUACCCACAAGGUGGCUGUCAGAGUCAGCUAGGUGGCUGAUUGUGAACAACAAACCCCAGAAGGGCUUACAAGAACUUAGAAAAGUUGCAUGCAAGAAUGGAGUGAAGAAUUCUGGAGAUGCCCUAACCAUGGAGGUUGUGAGAACCACCAUGAGGGGAGAGCUGGAGGCAACACAAACAAAACCUUCUCUACGUGACUUAUUCCGCGCCCCCAACUUGCGAAAGCGUGUGUUUCUCCUGUGCCUUUUGAGGUACGCUUCAUACACAAUUCCUAUAUUUGGCUUCAGCAUCCAUCUCCAACACCUGAAAAGUAAUGUCUUCCUAAUGCAAUGUCUCUCUGCUGCAAUGUCCAUCCCAGCCUGUGUUGCUGCAAUGUUUUUACUGAACCACAUUGGCCGUAGAAUAAGUCAACUCUUUCUCAGUUUCCUGUUUGGAAUCACCAUCCUGGCUAUAGUGUUUGUUCCUGAAGAAAUGCGGACCCUGCGUGCAGUUUUGAUAACACUGGCAGGAGCAAAUUAUGUUGUGAUUGCUGGCAGUAAUAUUCUACACUCGAAUGAGCUACUCCCCACAGUGAUCAGGGCAAGGGCAUUAGGAGUCAUUGGUACUGUUAGUAAUGUGGGAGCAGUCGUGGCUCCUGUUUUAAUGACCCUCGAGAUGUACUCUGCCUCUUUACCCUGGAUCAUCUAUGGAGUCAUCUCCAUCCUUGCUGGCUUUGUUCCUCUUCUCCUUCCUGAGACCAAGGAUAAGCCUCUGCCUGACUCCAUUCAAGAUGUGGAAAAUGAGUGGAAAGGUUCAAGGCAUACAAAUGAGGAAGGUGCCAUCAUCAAAGUGACACCGUUUUAA